AGCAAGUGAGGUAGGGUAGGUACAAUGUGACCAGGGGAGUCGAACUGAGCAUCGUCGAAUCUUAGACCUACUUCUCAAGAGAAAUUCUAUCACUUGAAUAUUUUCUCGACUUGAAGUCUAGUGGAAAUCCGAUUUACUAUAUAGUGUCGUUCGUUAAUCAUACUUGUUAUAUACUACUCGAAAGCUGUUUCCUUAGCAAUAUUUCUGUAUAUAAAACGUUGAAAACUAAUUCUAUUUGAGCACACAAAAACCUAAAUAGCAUUUACUGCUAUAUGAGAUGUGAGAUCCAUUCUCCAUAGCUGCAAUUUCAUGGUGAUCUGUUUUCUUUGCGCCACUCCACUAAAGAUACCAUCUGAUAGAGCGUCUCACGGCCUACGAUCUGGUUUGCAGACAUUUGCGAAAAAACGUGUAAUAGUGUAGGUUUUAUGAGCUUAAUACUAGACGUUUGCAUAGGUCGUGGCUGUGCCAAUGAAACUCUUUAUCACUUUUAUCUAUGAAACUGAAGAGGAUCUCUAAUCAUUCAUAUAUCAUUCGAUGCGCCUUGAAAAGCUCUACAAUGUCUGUUAAUAGGAAACUUAACGAAACUUGACAGCAGUUUUUGUGUAUUAAAUACUUCGCCGCUUAAACCUACAGUGGGUCGAAAAAUUAUUUGUUCUCCUUUAUUUUUCAUUUUUCUCGUCGACCAUAAUAGCUAGAACAAAUUUGAAAAAAGAUUUGAACAGCUGAAAGAAUUUUCGAUCUGAUAUGGUGUAUACGAACGUUCUAUCCUAACUUCCGAAACCUGAGUCUAGGGAAAAUCGAAAUCUCAGAAAACCAAGUCCCCGAGUUCAAUAGAAAAAUUCUUUGCAAGUAACUUCAGAAUAUAGAACAAAGAUUUCUGAACAAAAUGAGACGUCUCCGAGCUCUCUAUAGCAUUUUUUCAUGAAAGAACAUUCGAUUUACGGAAGCUCCCAUAUCAUAAACAUACACCCAUAGGGCCUUCCAAAUCAAAUACUGUUUCAUAAAAAACUGCCAUACAGAGCUCGGAGACCGCGCAUUUUGUCCAGAAAUGCUUGCAUAUAGUAGUAAAUGCUAUUUAGAUUUUUCUUUGCUCAAAUGCAAUUGGUUUUCAAUGUUUUAUACACAGAAAUGUUGCUGAGGAAAAGAGUUUUUGAGUGAUAUAUAAUAAGUGUGGUUAACUGUGAAAUGGAACGAAAAAAUAUAGUAAAUACAAUUUCCACUAGGCUUCGAGCCGAGAAAAUAUUCAAGUGAUAGAAUUUCUCUUGAGAAGUAGGUCUACGGUUUCGAUGAUGCCCAAUUCGACUCCCUAGUCACAUUGUACCUACGCUAUGAAUAAACUGAAUUCGGUUAACAGACCAAUUUCAUCACGAAAUGGCCCCUCUUCUUUUUUGUAGAAUAUUUUUACUUUUUUCCAAUCGUUUUUCAGAUAUCCGGAAUUCAUUUUAAGGGUUAUUUUCAAAAUCAUUGUUAAUUAGUGGAAUUAAGCAACUGAUUGUAAGCCAUUCUAUUGUCUACGUAGUGAAGUACUAAUAGAGUUCAAUUAAUGUCUGACUGGUCAGAUAAUCAACAUUUUUCAGUAAGCAUCUAAAAGUACUUCUUAGUUUGAUAUAUUUAUAUAUUUUUUUCUUCCAGCCUCAACCAGUUUUAGAUGCGACAAUUCCAUCAUCUUAUUUAUGGCAUGAUGAUAGAAAAUCGUUUCAGUCAUUUCGGCAAGAAUUUGGUUUAAAUUCGGCACGAUCAAAUGCAUCAUUUACACCAAAAAAUCAAGAAAAUAAUACUUCUGGUAUACUAAGGCACGAAUCGAUCAUACAAGAUGCCUGGUCUGAUACUUCUACUCAACAACUACAGUCAUCCCGUUUGGCACCGGUGAUUAAUCGUAUAAAAUCAUCAUUAUCGUGGAAACGAGUUUUAUUCGAAUUUGCCCUUGUCUUGCUGUUUUCAUCAGCUAUUAUAUUACCCAUUGUCCUUCCCUAUACGGUCGCUAAUACCGGUGAAAUAGCAACUACAAUGUGCCCAACUGCGACUCCUAGUAUCAUAUUAACAUCAACAACUGCGUCCACUUCUACAAGUAGCUCAACAUCCACAUCAAGUACAUCUACAACAAGUACAUCAACCACUUCCACAACAAGUGUAACAACCACCACAUCUACUGCUCUUGCCAGCUGCACUUCAUCUUGUGUGAAUACUACAAUAACAACAUCUUCAAAUCUGCUUGCACUAUAUCCAUUCGAUUCGAACACAAACGAUCAACAAAAUAUGUAUAACGGUGUCAUUAAUAAUGGAGCUGCAUUUUCUCAAGGUUAUGUUUUGAAUGCGAUUUACCUAAAUGGCCCAAGUCAAUUUGUUAGUGCAACAUAUAUCGAUCUUACUUAUAAAAGUUUUACCAUUGAAACAUGGUUCUAUUUGACUGCUCUGAACACGUCCGAUGCUAACCUUUUCGGAGAAUGUGCAGCAGCUGCCAAUGAUCAGUGUUUACAUCUUGUCAUUCGUAACAAAUACUUGUUUAUGGGCUUUUAUCAUGAUGAUUGUGCUGGGAGUACAGUCUUGUCAACGGGACAAUGGUAUCAUGCUGCAUUUGUUUACGAUUAUACAAAUUUAAAGCAUUUGGUAUAUCUGAAUGGUAAUCUUGAUGGUUCAACAGGGCCUUCAACAGGUCCGUAUAUUGGACAGUCGGGUGCUGUUACUAUUGGUUUUACUGGUGAUGGUGGUGGAGUAUUUUAUUAUCAAGGCUAUAUUGACCAAUUAUCAGUAACAGCUCGUGCCAAAACAGCGUGCGAAAUACUUAACGAUGCUACAUUGGUAUCACAUUUCUCUUUCGAUAAUACGUGGAGUGAUUCCGGUCCAAAUAGUCUUCCAUACAACAUUCCCCAACAAGGUAAUCCAGGAAUGUCAAUCGUCACUGGUCAUAAAAAUCAAGCUUUAUUGUUCGGUGCUAAUAGCGCUUUUUUUCAGUCAUACAGUUACACAGCUUUAGGCACAAUUAACCAACCUUAUACAUUAGCUCUCUGGAUAAAACCUACAUAUCUUAAUGGUACCGUUUUACAUUUAUCAUCAGAUUCAACAGGUGCAGGUGCUUGGGUUAUUCCAGUAAUGGGAUUCACUUCGGCAUCAAACUUUGCUAUACACACAUGGACAGGUUCAUCUACCUACAUCGUCGGCCCUAUUCUCCCUCUAGAAAAUUGGACACAUGUUGUACAAACGUGGGGUACUUCAUAUGGUCUUCGAUUGUACAUUAAUGGUGUACCAUACGCCAGUGUUACUGCUGCGACAUUUAACGCUGCUCAAUCACAAAUGUAUCUGACCGUAGGAAACUCAUUGGCCGGAGGCACAUAUAAUGUUGGACCAUUUGGUGGGACAACAGGUGCGUUUUGGGGAGCGGUUGACGAAUUUUAUGUUUAUAGCCGAGAAUUAACAGCAGAAGAUGUUUGCGUGCUGUUUCGAAUGUAA